AUGCCAUAUUCCAAAGAAAUCAAGGGAAGUGUCGCUAAAAAAUGCCUCUUCUUUGUCCUCACUGGCUCUAUCUACUUUCUCAGUGACUACACCGCUUUGGUAUUAGCCUAUGGAUGGUUCAUAUCUACCGUUCACAGCGUAGACUAUAUCUAUACUACGAUUAAGAUGCUCACAGCACUUGACGCUAUCGCUCACUUCACAGAAAUAAAGUUUUGCCUUAAAAGAAUCGAAGAUAUACUUCGUAAUUAUUAUAGUACUGUUGAAAAUUUGCCUGGAGUUACAAAGGACGUGAUUUGUAAAAGAGAUUGGGUCAAAACUGUGUAUAACAUGUCCAUUCGCUUGGGUUCCUUGACCACGAUCGGUAGUAAGCGUAUAAAUGUUAUCCUAAAUCUGAACCGAUGCUACUUGCUUUUGCUUGAACAAUGUGAUUAUAUUAAUGGCAUGUUUGGAGUGAGGAUUCUACUCGGUGGUUUAGUUUAUCUUAUGGAAAUGGUGAUGUUAACAAACUUGAUUAUCAGACUAAUAUUGCGCACCAUGAUUCCUUUCUACCAAUCCAGCGUGUUCCCAAUAAUAUCAACAGCUAUGAAAAUUGUUAACUAUUCCUUAAUACUGGUGUGUGGAACCGACUGCUGCGAGCAAACUUACAAACACACUAUGAGGAUUGCUCGCUGUAUCGAUCAUUUGCUAGCAAAUAAGAAACUAGCAAUUGAGGAACAUAAAGCCCUGCAAGAGCUGCGAGAUCUCAUCACCACGCGGCCAGUCAGCUUCAAUGCGAUGAACUUCUACACGCUCAACUAUCACACCAUGCUGUCCGUUGCCUCCGCUGUCGUCACCUACACGAUUAUAUUGCUGCAGAACAUGCAAUAA